CGUUUUAAAUGGAUUGUUUACUCCUCUUCACUGCUUUCCUUUUGCUCAUGCUGUCAUGCAUCACUAUCGUUUGGCCGAUCAUAUGGAACAUGUUUUUUUUUUGUCCCUCUCGCUACAAUUCGAUGGAAGAACUCAGAUCAGAUCAUCUGAAGAUCACUGCUAUCCUGCUCUGCGCACUAGCCUCUCCUCUGCGAAAGAGAAAACACGAGAAGAAUAAAAAAAUGACCUUGGAGAUCGCUGUGAAGGCUGCCGCUGGUGCUCCAGAGCUUCUGGGGGACUGUCCGUUUUGCCAGAGAGUUCUGUUGACAUUGGAAGAGAAGAAGGUUCCUUACAAGUCGCUUCUUGUCAAUCUCAGUGAUAAACCUCAGUGGUUCUUGGACAUAAGCCCUGAAGGGAAGGUUCCAGUGGUGAAAUUUGAUGACAAAUGGGUUGCUGAUUCUGAUGUCAUUGUUGGGAUGCUAGAGGAGAAAUAUCCAGAACCAUCUCUUGUCACUCCUCCUGACUUUGCCUCUGUAGGCUCAAAGAUAUUCAUAUCUUUCAUCAACUUCCUGAAGAGCAAGGACCCUAGUGAUGAAACGGAGAAGGCUUUGGUUGAGCAGCUGAAGGCACUUGAUGAGCAUCUCAAGGCAAAUCAGGGGCCUUUUAUUGCUGGAGAGAAGAUCACUGCUGCGGACUUAAGCUUGGCCCCGAAACUGUAUCAUCUGGAGACUGCUCUUGGCCAUUUCAAGAAGUGGAGUGUCCCUGAAGACUUGACUCACGUCCACAACUACAUGAAGACAUUGUUCUCCCGUCAGUCAUUUGAGAACACCAAGCCUGCUGCCAAAGAAUAUGUCAUCGCUGGUUGGGCACCUAAGGUCAAUGCAUGAAUUAGUUCUCUUAUGUGAGUAGUAGUGUGAGCUUCGGUUGUAAUGUUUGUCGAGGAUGUUGUACUAGUAGACUCUGCUACCCACAAAUAAGCUAUUUGGCUUAGAAGAAUAAAGCUUUGUGUUUUUAUCUUGAAUGGUGGUGUUAUCACUUCAUCUGAAAUGUACUUGUGGAGAAUGGGACUCCUGACAUAUUGAGGUCUCGAGAUGUUGGUGUAUGUCAACUUUGACCACAUGACAUCCCAAUCGCGUGCGAUAAAAGUUAUCACUGGAUUUGAAUUUUGAGGUGGACAAUCAUAAAAAUAGCAUCAUCUUGAUCUUGUA